AUGCCACUGGGAACCAUAGAUUUCGAAGCUCGCGCACAGUACCAUGGAUUUGCAGCACCCCUGGAUAGUCAUGGCCAUGUGAUACCUCAACCCACAGGAAGAUUAUCCUACCCUCCAGCUGGACAGCCACUCACUCCGGUCUCGAUGUACCCUGAAUGGAACCCAUCCGUGCAAAUGUCGCAUGAGCCACUGCGUCACGAUAUUAGGCCACUGAACCCCUCGGAGAGCCCGGAAUACAUUGUGGAAAGAAACAGCCGGCGAGCUGCCGAUAUAAGCCGCGGAGGAUCCCAGUACAUCUCCCAGAGACGGUCCUCAAACCGGGAUGAAUUUGAUGGCCCGCACCAAAUUCUGGAUGCGCCUUCACCCCGGACCCUCCCAACCCGGGAGGAGGAGCUGCCCCAGCUCCCUACUAAUCUCGACGCCGCAGAACAAGACAGAAUCUUGCACGAGGUCAAUGACCGUCUGUCUCAGUGUGCCUUUGAUUUUUUCGCGAGAUAUCAGUUCCCCAUUCCCCUAGAGCAAGACAAGAGGCGAGUUCAGGUCCCCUCGGACCGGGAGUGGAAUGAAUGGGUGCACCUGCUGAAGAGGCUGGCUACUCGGCGACGUAUCCCCCGCCAUGCCCUGCACAACGGCCAGAUCAAGCAGCUCAUUACUGUGCUGGAAAAUUCCCUGGAGAUGCGUCAUGCUGCCAAGCACAGCUCUCGACCCGUCAAGGAUGACCGUAAUGUGCUGCAGCUCAUCUCUGCUGGCACGCAGGUUGCCAAGAUCCUCAAGGACUCUAGCGCCAUGCAGUUCUUUGAUUGUCUUUAUGUGGACACGGAGAAGCUGAUCAACGAACGCCGCCGCCGGGUGAGAUUUGCGGACCACUGA